AUCGUUCAAAAUAGGUAACUCGGUUGGUUAUUCGGUAAGUUGCAAUCGUACCGAUAACUACUCGGUAAAACUUAUUUGAAAUAGUGAUGUUUUGAGUGUUUGUUAUUUUAGUGACUUUGUGACAAUUUUAAGGAAUAUAGGUGUGCUUUACCUAUAUUUAGUAUGGUGAAUUAUUACUAUCCACAACCAAUGUACCAUCAACAACAAAUAAAUAGUGUUGGACAUUUCCAACCCAAUACGUCUAUGCAUUCGUGGUAUGCCGCGACUGGUCUCCGCCAACCGGCGCAACUGACUAGUUUUUGCGAAGAACAACCAUUAUGGCAUCCUCAUGCCGGGUAUCAACAAAUGUUUCAACACGAAUUUGCAGAUUUUAAUGCGUUGCAAUACCCGCAACAUCAACAACAUCCGUUGAUUCCCGAACAUCAAAUACCGUCGCCUUCAACAUCGGCUAGCUCUUUACCUAGUCCCAGUGGACACAGCGGACAUUUAUCACCGAAUAUAAAUGGAAAUGUAUCUCCGAAUAUGAAUGGACACACUUCGCCUAACAUGCCAGGAAAUGUAUCUCCAAAUAUGACUGGAAAUGUAUCUCCGAUUAUGACCGGACAAGUUUCUCCUAAUAUGCAAGGAAAUGUAUCCCCUAAUAUGCAUAUAUCCUCAAAUUUGCACGGGCAUUUACCCCCAAAUCUAAAUGGACAGAUAGCUCCUAAUCUGCAAGCACAACUAUCGUUGAAUAUGAAUCAAAACUAUCAAAGCAGACCGCAACCUGCUAGAAGUCCUUACGAGUGGAUCAAAAAACCUUCCUACCAAUCGCAACCAAAUCCUGGUAAAACUAGAACUAAGGACAAAUAUAGAGUUGUCUACACUGAUCAUCAGAGGGUGAAGCUUGAAAAGGAAUUUCUUUUCACUAACAAAUACAUAACAAUAAGAAGAAAAAUGGAGCUGGCGUCCGACCUAGGACUUUCGGAGAGACAGAUAAAAAUCUGGUUCCAAAAUAGAAGGGCGAAAGAAAGAAAACAAAUUAAGAAGAGAGAAGAAGAAAAAGGUCAACUUAACAUGAAUAAUGGUGCAUAUCAACAAAAUUUGCUGAACCCACUUCCCCAAAUGCAACAGCAUUUGGAUAUGCAUAAUAAUCAACCAGUUCUAGCUAACAUCCCACCUAGUUCGAUUAUGAUGCAGCGUUACAUCGAUACAAAUCAUCCCUUGAAAUCAGAAAAUAGUGAGAAUGCUUAAAAUUAGUACAGUCAAAUUAACGCCGAUCGAUGCAUUAGGUAAAUAACUGCGUUUUCAUAUUCAUACCAUACGAAGUAGAAUGUAAAAUCCAGUUUUUCCUCUUCAAUAUAAGUCGUUUUUAAAAAUAUUUUUUAAUUUUUUUCGAGUUAAGACUUUCCGCGUCGUCUUUUCAUAUCCACAUUGUUAAAAUAGCUGAUAUUGAGUUUUAAUUUGUAAUCAAUCGUUAUGGAUCGCUUCUCAAAAUGUAGGGUUUUCUUCUGGUCUGUGGGAUAACACUUCCUAAUUUUUUCCUUCAAUAAUUUGAUCAAAAAUAAUGAAUUAAACAUUAUUUGUUAAGAGAAUACGCAUAUAGAAUUGAGAAAAUAUGAAAAUGGAUGUACUUUUUAUCAAAGUAUGCGUUCUUCAGUUGACACUUUCUUCCUUUUUGCUUAGAGACCUCAGUAGAAGCCAUAAGAAAAGCUAAUAGAUUUUCAAAUAAUUGAUUAGGUUUGCCUAAACGAAAAUAGCAUUGAGAAUUAAAGAAUUUUCUAAUCUGAUGCAUCCUUCACUCGUUUUUUAUGUCUGGUUUGAUUGUUCUAAAUAAAUUGAUGAUUGAUCGUGAUGAAAUUUGUAUGUUUUUUGUAUGUAGAAAGGUGUUAUUAAUUCUCCGUUUUACCUAUUUUGAAGAAACAUAGUUUAUGUUCAAUAUAUUAGUAAUACUAAGCUUUAUCGUCAGUCGUACUAUUAUGUUAUUGAUAUCGUAGUACUACUUAUUUUUGAUAGUGAUUUUUUGGUGGAUUUCUUGAAUGCCUCUAGUAUAAAAAAUGAAAAAAAAAAUAUUAAUAAGUGAAAAAUUCCAAAAAAAAUAUAAAAAUUUAACAAAAAAAAUAAAAAAAAUCUCGUUUUAUAAAUUGUUUUUCUAAUCAUUAUCAUCUCACUGUAAGAAGACGAAUUCCAUCUUGAAGAUAUCAUUACAUAAAUGUUCGACUUAAAAACAGAAAAAUAUUUGUAAUUUAUAUAUAUCCAAAACGUUUUUAUCAUUGUAUUUGCAAGAGAACUUUGAUGUGUAAAAAAUGUGAGUGAUGAAAUGCUGUGCUUUACGUGAAUAAAAAAUGAUGUGGAUACUGAACCUAAGCGGAUUUGUUUCACCAUAUAAUAUUGGUACAAAAAAACAGUUGCUUUUAACACCAAUUACGUGUAUUUAUAUAUUAAAAAAAACAUCCUCAACUCAAAAGUAAUUGAGAAUUUUGUUGCAUAGUAUAAUUCAAUAUAAUUUCUAUCUAAAUGAUUGUACCUGCAAAAGUUGUAAGGCACUUAAUGAUAAGAAUAUGAUUAUUUUCUGAUUAUUUACUAUAAAUAAAUGUUCAAGUAUAUCGUAUUUAAUAUCAGGUUUCAAAAAUUCGCGCCAGAAAAUUUCAAACUGUCGUUGUGAUUCACGUCACAAAUCGAUAAACAAAUAAAUGUCUAGGGGAACCACAUUAUGUUUCUAUGAAAAACAAGAAUACCAAAUACAAACAAAAGCAAUAAAAGAAGAUAAAAACUUUGAAGAAUGUCAAUACAUUCGAUGUUUAAAAAUUUAAAAUAGAACUAAUGGGAGAAAUAUUUAAAUAUACAGUAUAUUAUCGAUAUCAUACUUUUUUAUGAAUAAACAUUAUUUUUGUGAGUUUAAAGAUAUAAAUAGAAAAAAAUUGACAAGGGAAAUCACAUAAAAGAAGAUAAACCUUUGGAGAAGUUAAUAACUUCGAUAUUUCAAAAUUUAAAAUAGAAUUAAUGGAAGAAAUAUCUAAAUAUAUAGGGUGUUACCGAAAUCGUACCUCGUUUAAUAAAUUUAUCAUUUCUAUAAAUACUUUUAAAAAUAUGUAUUUAUAUCUUAACCGAAAAAGUAUUCGUUAAAAGGCAAUCGAAUCAUUACAAAUUGGACGACAGUAUAUUUAUACAGAUCAUUUAAUUGUAGUCCUAUUUAGAACUUGGAAAAAAACAUUAUUAUAACUCGUUAACUUUCUACAACUGAAUAUUAAAUGAUAAAACGUAAAUAGACGACUAAAAUGUACCUGCCUGUAAGAAAGUUUGGUUUAAACAGAGUGCCAGACGUGAACUGAACCCUUUUUGUACCCCAUUCGUUUUUUUUUUCUGGAAAACGAAAUUUUAAAGCUAAAACCAUAAAGGAAAAUAAAUUAUUUACAAAUAAAACAAAAAAACAUUUCAAUCCUUAAGUAUCUUUAUAAAUAAUCAUGGCAGUCAGAAUCGUCUGAACUAAAGUAAUCAUUUGAUUUAAUUAUGAAGAGUUGUGAAGAGGAUCAUCUUCUUCUUUGAUAACAUGUUCAAUACAGUUUUUCCAAAGCGGUCUGCUGUUAGAACGUUAGACUUUUAUAUAUACACACAUACUAUACGCAAGAUCUCUUGUGUAUGUAUAUGAAUAUCGGCAACGGUUAUCAUAGUUGUUAGUUACAGUGAAAUUUAUUUAGUUUGUGAGUUAAAAAUUAGCCAAAAUCAAAAAGAAACUGUAAAAAUAAUGUGGUUAAAUCUCCCGCGCUGUCCUUUCCUUUGCUCAGUUACUGGAUAUACAUUGAAUUAUAACAAUUUUCAGCAAAUAACUCUUUAGUUCGAUAACCGCUAUAACGAUUGACACCAUUAGGAAGAAUAAUUUUUUACCAAUCAAAUCUAUAUUCUCAUAUCGCGGCAAAUCUGAUUUCAUUUUUAAUCAAAGAAUUUAACUAUGAUUCUUAUAUAAGUUAAAGCAGCGAACUUCGAACUUAUUUCUUUAGAUUUUGAGUGAUAACACAUAUACUCAUACUGUACACUAUCAAAAAAAGGGAAUUUGGUAAAGUAGAAAUCAAUACAGAGCACAAAGUUCCGUUGUGAUUUUAAUAAAAAAAGUUUUUAUCUUUGUCACAAACAAGAUGCGAACAUCAUAAUUCUUCAUCAUCAGACAUACUGUUGCUACGGCUUCCCGUUUUCUUCAUUAUCAUCCGAGGAACCAAUAAAUUCGACCCAAUCUAGUUAGUAUAUCAAAGAAAAGCUCAAUUUUAUAUGAGUUAAGGAGAAUAUCAUGAGAUUCGUAUAAAAUUUGACUAGUUCUGUUGAGAAUUGACCACCAUUGAUUGAAUACAAUACAAAUAUAUAAAAGUCUCGAUAGUCAAUGUAUCCAUGUAUCAUUCGUCUGUAGUUCAAGGUAUCUAAACAAUACGUGUAAUUUUCAGAAACAUGAAUUGUAGAUUAUAAAAUGUAAAUAAUAAUUUAUCAAUAUAUUUCGAACUUAAAAAUAAUGUAAAACAAUUGUUGGAAUCGAUAAAAAUUAAAUGUGGAUUAUUGACUGUCAAAAUUUAAUUCAUUAAGUUGGAAUCGCAAAAAUCAGGCGAAAAAUAUUCGUAGCUGGUCUUUUAUAUAUUGAAUUAUCGUUAUAGAUUAUAUGAAUAAUAUUUCUGGGUACAUCGUGGAUUUAAAUUAUGACACGAACUCAGUUUAUCCGCUACUCUCUUCACAUCUAGAUAAAUCUGAAACUUUUAGAAUGUCAGCAAUUCAACAUGCAAGCGAUUAAUGUAUUUAGUUGGUUAUAGUUACGCAAGAAGAAAAUUAUAGGAGAGACAAUCUCGACAAUAUCACAUCUUGAUACAGCGUCAGCCUGCAAUUGGACCAUAAAGAAAGUAGCAUAUUAUGUUUUGUCGGGUCUCACGUCUCUAUGUUUAUCUGAUGCCGUGCCUCUUCUUUUCAGCUUUCUAUACCAAAUUACCUUAUAUUUAUCUUUUUUCCUUCCUUUUUCUAUUUCCUACUUUUCUUGCUUUCAAUAACUUUUAGGUUUUCUAUUAUUAUUAAUUCGGGAGUCCCAGUCAUGUAGCUCGUUGUGUCUGGUUUGUUGGUGGAUCAUUAACUUUCUUCUCCAGACCUUCUCAAUGUCUCUCCCACAUCACUAGUUUAUUUGCAGUUUCCUCCGAUAAUAUCUAUAGUUCGAAGCAUAGAGAAAUUUUGAACAAAUACCUCUAGUUUUUACUACUCUUGAUAAUCAAAUGUAGAAUUUAACACUGCUGUUUUAGUUUCUACUGUCUUGCUUCCUUUUCCCAUUAUUUUUUCUACUUCUUGAAUUUCUGUAUGGUUUUUUAUAAUUGUUGCCCUCAGAUAUUGAAAUUGGGUUACUUUUCAAAGCAGUACUUUUUUCCAUCGGCUACUUUUAUUGAUAAAUUGUCUGUUGGUCUUUGUGAAUUCCUAAAUAUCUUUCGCAUAAUCAACAGUGUCGAAUGAUGUAUAGAUUAAUCAAAUCUUACAAAUUUUGCAGGUUCUACUAGAUAUAACGAAAUAUAAGUUUGUCAUCUAAAUCAAAAUAUGAUAUGAUUUAGAGCAGAGGUAUCAAACUCAAUUUUGCAGAGAGCCAUAUAUUAAAUUUUUUAUUCGUAGGUGCGCCCUUACCCAAACUUCUGUAAUAUUUUCUAUAGAAUGUAAGAGCAUUAAUCUCAUUAAAAUUUUCUUUCAAAAUACUGUCCUCUACUUACAAAUGAGCAAAUUAACUGGUGCCUGUGAAACUUCAAAAUUGAAUGGAUUGUUGAAAAUUGGUAAUUCCAUUUCAUUCAUUUUGUGAAAUCUUCAAAACGAUUGUUGAAUUCCGUAAUCCAAUUUUGCAGAAGUUGAGAUAUUUAUCCAAUUUUUUGUGGUUCCUUGUGCCAAAUGAUUUUAAAUGAGGGAAAUGGUUCAAAAUUUGAUCUUUCGUUUGAUUUUCCCACAGCCUCAACUUAUUUCUAAAAUAUAUGAAUACAUUUGAGCGACAAUCAGAUUUUUACCCUGUAAUUUUAUAUUCAAAUCAGUCAAGUGUUUAUUCAUAUCUACCGAAAAGGCACGAUCAAUCCUCCAGUCAUUGUCAUAAUCAAUUGGUUUGCCUUUUUCUAACAUGAAAGCUUGAAUGUAAUCUUGUAAAAAUUGCCUGAACUGUCGGUGAUUUAGUUCUCUGCUCCUUAUAAAAUUUACAAUUUUAAUUGUUUCAAAUGUUUGGAUGCCAAUGAUUCCUGAUGAAUUAUACAGUGAAAUCCCACAAAAUUUCCUGAUGUUUUCUGUUUUGAUUUGUUACAACGCCAUAGAUUUGAGAGUACGAGUAUUUAAAACAUUUGUAGAGGAAUCGACUGUAUCAUUUCUUUAAGCUGCUUCAUUGUUAUAUCAGUUUGAAGCUAAAGUUACAGUGCUGGAUUCUAGUGAGUUGGUUAGAAUGAAAAGUAGUCGUUAUAGAUUAGAUUCUGCAGAUUUUGUUGGACUAUUUUCAGAUAAUAUUUUUAAGCUGCUUUAUCUUCUGGGAUAUUCGUUUGAAGUUUUAGCUAAAGUGCUGGAUUUUAGUGACUUCAUUAGAAUUUUAUUCUUUAACGGAAGAAGUGGAAAUACAAUCAAAGACGAUUUAGUUGUGUGUCUCUUUUAACAAAUUCAAUGAUGACAUACAAUCAAAGAUAGAAAUUCCAAAGUGAAACGCUUAUAUUUUUAAUAUCUAAAAUUACUGCUUUGUUUUAAGGAUGUUUUUUGUGAAUGACAUCCAAAUUGAUCAAUUGAAUAUUGGUUAAUUUGGAUCUUCCAAGUGUAGAUGUAGAUUAUUAUUUUAUUUGUAAAAAACUUUUUUACUUUUACCAGUGCAAUUUUUUAAUGUGAUUAUUAUUGCACAAACGCCAGUAUCUUGAACUUCUUAUCAUACUGAUUCGCAUUCAUAUUGAAUGUAUUGUAAAUUAAUAUUGAAUAGGUACCAUAGAGAUUUAAUUAAUUACGAAAAAAGUUGAGAUGUAAUAUAUUUUUUUCUAAUUUAAUCGUUGUUUAUGAGAUUUUUAACACUAUUCAAUAUUUCUUCCUCAAUUGAUGUUUUUAUAAUAACACCUUUCAUGACACAACAAUGAAUGUUCGUGAAGAUAAAUAUAAUGUAUGAUAUGUGCGUUUGUGGACUUUAAUAUUAGGUGUAUAUUUAUAUAAACGAAUUUAUUAAAAUAAAGAGUGUUGCGUUAAUCAAUCAGAUAAAUUCUAAAUAAAUAAGUUGAUUUUUAAAUUCUUAAUUGUAUUAUUCAAAAAACUAUAAUUUAAACUACGUCAUUACUGAUGAUAAUAUAACAAUUAUCCUUGAUCUAGUCAAUUCUAA